UGAUCAUAUCAUCAAACUGUAUUCUGUAAUUUAACUGAUUUUUUUCUUCCACCACUAACUGAAAAUUUCUGAAAUGCCACUGUAGCUAUACCUGCAUGUUGUACUCCCGCAUCUUCAUCCAUUUGUACUCCUACAUCUUCAUCCAUUUGUACUCCUGCAUCAUCAUCACCCAUUUCAUCUUCUGCAUCUUCUGCAGGUGGAGUGCAGUUGAUGUCUGGGACAACCAUCUUCUGCUGCUUUCAGUUCAUUCCUCUCUUUGCUACGUGGUCAUUGUUUCAGGACAGAUCGAGUUCGUUUCCAGCGACAGCAGAGAGAUGUACUCCAGCAGAGGAUCAAAUGAUCAGAGAGAGGAGAUGAACCUGGGCACCAGCCGAACCCAGCAACAGCUCCUGGAUGUGGGAGAGGAGGAGCGCCUGCACCUGGAUGCAGUGGCCGGAGGUGGGUACGGAGGUGGAGAUGGCGGAACAGCCUGUGCUCGCCUCCACCUGGGUGCGGGUCAGGAGGAGCCCCUGUGUGUGGGCGGCAGCAGAGCACCAGCUCUACUCCAGCGGCGGCAGCGCCUGGGCAGGGGGCGGAGGUGGAGAUGGAGGGCGGAGGUGGAGAUGGAGGUGGAGGGCGGAGGUGAGGGUGGAGGUGGAGAUGGAGGUGGAGGGCGGAGGUGA